AUGGGUGAUACUGAUGCCACCAAGUUCUUUAUAUGCUCCAAUUAUUUUAGUGAGGAUGAUUCUUGCACUUGCCUCGAUGAAUACAGCAAUUUUAGCACCUCAAGAUGUAGAUGUGGAAGUACGAUGAGCACUAUGGUUUCUGUAUCAGAGGAAGAUCAAGUUGGAGAAGAGAUUGGAAAUAGUGCAGAUGGAGUGUUCGUCAAAUGCAGAUCCUCAUUCAUAGUGACUGAUGAUUUGAAAGUAUCAGUUAACUCUAUUGGUGUUAUAAUGAAUGUUCUUAAUGAUCUAGGGUACCUUGGUUUUAGUGAUCUGCAAGAAAGCCUACUUGACGUAGGGCUCGAAGAGGUGCUGACUCUUUUGGGAUGCUUUUUCACUUCGGAGACUCCUUUAACAUGCGCGUUCCUGAAGAAACAUUGCAUGACAAGGAAUCUCAAAAUGCUAUCAGCGCAUGUUCAAAACACUGUCGAACCAUGCAGUGUGUUUUCUGUGAAAGUUUUUGUUAGAAAGUUUGAUAAGGAGAUUCUUUAUGCCGAGUGCAAUGCAGAUUUUAUCGAUUAUCUUCUCGGUUUUCUGAUCUCGCCUCUUGAGUUGAAGAUGCAGACCAACAUCAGUGAUCUCGAGGAGCAUCAAAUUAGCAUUUCUGGCGCAGAGCUCAUCAGCAUUCUCAGAGCUUCUUUGGUCUCGUCCUCUGCAUUGACCAAUGGUCUCUCAAACUUGCUCAUGAAGAAACCAAAGGAAGAAACUUGA